GAGAGCACUUGCGCCAGCUCAAGUUCUGCCUGCUCUGCAGUCGUAUCCUUAUCGAUUUGGUCACAUAAACAGCAUAUCCUCCUCCCAUGGUGCAGAAUAUCUUUGCAACGUGCCUAUCCGUCCGUUGUAUUGUUAAUGUUUAUAGUCGAGCAUACCUCCACUCGACUCGACACCACUGUCUGACGGCUUUCUCCAAUCUUUUUUUACACAAAAUGUGACUUUAGCAGCAGCACCAGCAGAACUCACUUUCUCUUCAUCAUCGGGGCCACGAAAAGUCAAUCACACAUUAUCCUAAACCCAAUGAACCACUGAUUUCUCUCAUCUCUCCGAAGGUCUGGUUUCUGAAAAAAAUUAUCCGAGGGUACAAAACAUUGCCCACCAGAUGUAUAUUUAUAAUACAUAAAUAACUACCAUCCGUGUACGUAUGUAACCACUGCAAGACCAAGUUGGAGAACAUAAAUAAAGAAAUAGUAAUAAAAGUGCGUUCCUUCCUCGCCGAUAAUACGUACGUACAUUCGUACAUCGAGUAUGUAACAGUGGCACAACUGUCUCUUCAAAGUUUUAAAAGAAGCGAGAAGUGAAGAAAGAAACAAGGUCGGAUAUUUAUAAAUCAGUUUUUUUCCUCCUCGGGUGGCAGAUAAGUAUCAAGGCUGCACAAAACAAAAUCCUCUCGUCUCCUAUAAAGAUAGAUAUGUAUUCCUGUGAGUGAGAUCAAUAAUUCACUCGACGUGACUUCUUCUCGUCUGCUCGUCAUAAUUCCAGUAAAAUAGUUUUCAAUAAGUUAUGUAUGAUUCACGACGUGUCUCAAUAUUAGGAAUCGUUGAGUUAUGAGGUGGUGAAAUCGAGUGUGGCGAUUACACACACAAAUUUGUUAAGUCAGUCAAGUGCACCGGACUGGAGUCAGUCUGGAUUAAGACACAUAGUCCCAUGGCAUGGAAUGGCAUGAAUUGUUUGGGACUCUUCCUACUCUGCACAGUUCUCUUUCCAAUAGUUAACAAAGCACAAGGAGCUGGAGAAUGUAAAAGGUACCUGGGUCAAAGGUUACUAUGCUACGACUGUGACAGUCGGUACGAUCCGUACUGUGGAGACCCCUUCAAUUACACACUUCCACAAGAACUCCGUCCCAUGACCAAAGUUUGUCAUGGAUGUUGCGUCAAAUUUGUCCAUCGAUUUCCAGACGGGGAGUGGGUGCAACGUUCCUGUACCGAAAACAUAAUAAUAAACUACUUCAUGGUGGACCACGUAUGCAUGGGGGAGGGGAAGGGACAUGGAAAAAUGUGUUUUUGUGAAAGCAAUUUGUGCAACGAGGCGUCAAUUUCCUUCCACAGUUUCACCCUCAUCCUCUGCUUAUCAAUGAUAACCUCACUAGUCGCAGGCACUCAUCUCCUCUCCUCUCCAGUCCAUCUCCAUCCGUAUCAUGACUAUUCGGACUCAAUUCAUCCCAAAAUCUCGCUUCCUCUUUCACGCUCGUAAUAAGCAAUCGUAUAAAGUGAAAGGUUCCAUACAUACAUGCAACAAAAAAUAUGCUACAAUUAAUUAACCGAGUGAGAGAGAGGAGAGGAAAUAAUUUAGAAGUAUUAAUCGAUUAAUUAUAAAAAAACAACCAAGAUCAAAAUCUGUAAAAUAAUAAAUAUCUAAAAUCCACCCACCAUAAAAGAAAAUCAACCAAUUAAUUACUUGCAGGAUUCAUUCAUCUUAUCAUUUAUUUACUGGAUUUGAAUUUAUUAGGCAAAAAAUACGAAAUUGACGGUGAAAGCAGAGCGAAAUCACAUUGGUAGUUCCGCAUUUUUCUUCCUCUUAUUAAAUCGAAAAGCUAUACAGGACUCAUUCUAAUCACGAAUUAGAUAAACAGUGUAGUUAUCGCCGCCCAAUAAAAAAAAUAGUGUAAAAUAAUCUCAACCUUUUUUGUUUUUUGCUUAAUAAAUAUGGAAUUGACCGCAAAAAAAUAUUCAACUACUAUGAUGGCCUUGCAAAACAAGCUUACAUCUUUACACUAAAACUUUAUGCAAAAUUUGGACGUUAUGUAAUGUAAGUUACUACAGACGAGCAUAUACAUAUUUAAAUAUGUGAAUAACUUACUAAUAUGCAAUACAAUGAUAAUUGAUUAUCCGAAAUUAUUAGGAAGCUUUAUACAAGGUUGAAUGACAAAAAUAAAUAAAUUCUGCCAUUUCCACUUGGCAAACACAAUUAAAUGGGUGGUGAGGUGCUUAUCAGAGGAGAAAAAAUUCUGUACGAUAAGGAAAUCUCGGUUUGCUUUUUUCUGUGUACCAAUAUAUUCCAAUUUUCAAUAAUAAUCAAACCGGGGAAUAAUGGACAGUAGCUUAUUAUUAUUAUUACUUGUUAUUACUUAAUUAAUUAAGGUACAAUAUUCCAUGCAACAUAUAAAUUUUAUACAUGAUAAAGGCAAGUGGGUGCAUGAUAAGCUACUAGCUGCCGAUACUUAUGUAAAUAGUGCAGUCUGUAUACUUGAGGAAAUAUAUAUUUAAAAAUUAUAUUAUGCUCUUCAUUCAACUCUCAAUAUUUAUAGUUUAAAAAAACUGAGCUCUAAUGUCGGGUACUAAAUAAAUAAAAAGUUAGAAAACUUGUCCCAAUUAUAAUUAUGAAAAAAAAAUCCAUAAAAAAUCCAGCCAAUUUUAAACCAAUUUAAGUACAUUGUUCAACCACAAUAUUACGUAUGUAUUUAUAACCAGCAAACUAAUAAAUGCCUAAAUUGCACAUCACUCAUUCCCAUCAUACAUACAUCAUAAAUAUCUAGCUUAUUAAAUUGUAUAAAUGACCGAAUGACUACUGGUUAGCGUUAUACUCGCGUAUGUAUUAAGUUUCAUUAUUAUGUAACGCGAUACAACUUCAAGUGAAUAAAGAUGUAAAGAAUAAUUUCUUAAAAAUCAAA